UCACAGAAAACAAACCCGGCAAAUGAAUUUGAACUUGCUCAUUAGACUUUUAUUAAUUGCCGCAAUUUGCGCAGCUUAUCUUAAAUUGCGCCCUAAAGGCUGUGUGCAGAGUGACUGAGAGGACACACCGGGGUUUUGAUUAAGUUGAUCUGCCCGUGCGAGACGAUCUAUCCGGGAUGAUAUCCGACAGCGAGGAGCGGGAGAGAAAAACGCUGUCAGACAUCCAUCUUCGCAGCCACUCGCAGCGGUUCUGGAAGUUUUGGUGUUAAAGGAGCUGCGGGGACUUUCUCCGCCGCUCGGUGCUGCUGAGCGGGCUGACUGACUGACUGACGCCCCUCCUGCCUGCCUGCCCGGGUCGGGUAAAAAGGCGCAUGUGUGUUCUUGCUGUGAUGUGAGUUGAGCCGCAUCCAGACGCACUGGCCGCCGCUGGCUGAUGCCCACCCCCUCAACAACACCACCACCACCACCUCCACCCCUCGUCCUCCCUCCCUCCUCUUCUUGGUGGUGUGCGCAAAAUCUCCAGCGCCGGACGGACGGACGCAGUUUGACGGCACAAACCAGCGGCACUGCGGGGGGAAUAUCCAAGAAAAAAAAAGCCACCCAAAGCAGACAUGGAUAUUUAACCGGCAUUUGAUUUCAUCUCCCUUUUUUAAUCUCUUUGUUUUUUGUUUUUGUUUUCCCUUGUGAUGUUGGCUUUGCACCGGGGGUGUUAAUUAAACCUGCUCGAUGUCUUUAAUCAGUUUAUAACCUGAACAAAAUGAGGAUUUCUUCUCGCGAUUUGAUUCUGUUGAUGUUCUCGGGCUUUUGGGGACUGGCAAUGGGUGCUUUCCCGAGCAGCGUUCAGAUCGGCGGUCUGUUCAUCAGAAACACUGAUCAGGAGUACACCGCCUUUCGUUUGGCAAUCUUCCUGCACAACACCAGCCCGAAUGCCUCGGAAGCCCCGUUCAACCUGGUGCCUCACGUGGACAACAUCGAGACGGCCAACAGCUUCGCCGUCACCAACGCCUUCUGCUCCCAGUACUCCCGCGGUGUCUUCGCCAUCUUCGGCCUGUACGACAAGCGUUCGGUCCACACGUUGACGUCCUUCUGCAGCGCGCUGCACAUCUCCCUGAUCACGCCGAGUUUCCCCACCGAGGGCGAGAGCCAGUUCACCCUGCAGCUCCGGCCGUCGAUCCGUGGGGCCCUCCUGUCCCUCCUCGACCACUACGACUGGAACAAGUUCGUCUUCCUGUACGACACAGACCGAGGGUACGCCAUCCUGCAGGCCAUCAUGGAGAAGGCAGGACAAAACAACUGGCAAGUCAGCGCCAUCUGCGUGGAAAACUUCAACGAUGCCAACUACCGGCGACUGCUGGAGGACCUGGACCGGCGACAGGAGAAGAAGUUUGUCAUCGACGUGGAAGCUGAGAGACUGCAGAACAUGAUGGAACAGAUUGUCAGCGUCGGGAAACACGUCAAAGGCUACCAUUACAUCAUGGCCAAUCUGGGUUUUAAAGACAUCAACCUGGAACGCUUUAUGCAUGGCGGCGCAAACGUGACGGGCUUCCAGCUGGUCGACUUCAGCAACCCAAUGGUCAUCAAACUGAUGCAGCGCUGGAAUAAACUGGAUCAGAGGGAGUACCCGGGCUCGGACGCCCCACCCAAGUACACCUCGGCGCUGACAUACGAUGGCGUGAUGGUGAUGGCCGAGGCCUUCAGGAACCUGCGCAGGCAAAAGGUGGACAUUUCAAGACGGGGGAACGCCGGCGACUGCCUCGCUAACCCCGCCGCCCCGUGGAACCAGGGCAUCGAUAUGGAGCGGACUCUAAAACAGGUCCGGCUGCAGGGACUAACAGGUAAUGUCCAGUUUGACCACUAUGGCCGCAGGGUCAACUACACUAUGGACGUGUUUGAACUGAAGAAUAAUGGACCCAGACGGAUCGGCUACUGGAACGACGCAGACAAACUGGUGCUGAUCCAGGACUCUCCGUUGCUUCCAAAUGACACUUCUGGCAUGGAAAAUCGAACCGUUGUAGUCACUACAAUCAUGGAGGGACCCUACGUGAUGCUUAAGAAGAACUGGGAGAUGUAUGAGGGCAACGACCAGUACGAGGGUUACUGCGUGGAUCUGGCUUCAGAGAUCGCCAAACACAUCGGCAUCAAGUACAAGAUCUCCAUCGUCCCCGACGGAAAGUACGGCGCCAGGGACCCAGAGACGAAGAUCUGGAACGGCAUGGUCGGGGAGCUGGUGUACGGGAAAGCGGAAAUCGCUGUGGCCCCUUUGACUAUCACGUUGGUCCGGGAGGAGGUGAUUGAUUUCUCCAAGCCCUUCAUGUCGCUGGGCAUUUCCAUCAUGAUCAAAAAGCCCCAAAAAUCGAAACCAGGGGUGUUCUCCUUCCUGGACCCGUUGGCCUACGAGAUCUGGAUGUGCAUCGUGUUUGCCUAUAUCGGCGUGAGCGUGGUGCUCUUCCUGGUCAGCCGCUUCAGCCCGUACGAAUGGCACACCGAGGAGCCCGAAGAGGGCACCGACGGUCCGCCAAGCGACCAGCCCCCCAAUGAAUUUGGCAUCUUCAACUCCCUCUGGUUCUCCCUGGGCGCCUUCAUGCAGCAGGGCUGUGACAUCUCCCCCAGAUCGUUAUCGGGACGAAUCGUAGGAGGAGUGUGGUGGUUCUUCACUCUCAUCAUCAUCUCGUCCUACACGGCCAACCUGGCCGCCUUUCUCACUGUGGAGAGGAUGGUUUCUCCCAUUGAGAGUGCAGAGGAUCUGGCCAAACAGACCGACAUUGCCUAUGGCACAUUAGACUCUGGCUCAACCAAAGAGUUCUUCAGGCGGUCCAAAAUUGCUGUCUAUGAGAAGAUGUGGGGAUACAUGAAGUCGGCUGAGCCCACAGUCUUCACCAAGACCACGGCCGAGGGUGUGGCGCGGGUCCGCAAGUCCAAAGGAAAAUACGCCUUCCUGUUGGAGUCCACUAUGAAUGAGUACACAGAGCAGCGCAAGCCCUGCGACACAAUGAAAGUCGGGGGCAACUUGGACUCCAAGGGCUAUGGAGUAGCCACACCCAAGGGUUCACAGUUAAGAACGCCCGUAAACCUUGCCGUAUUGAAACUGAGUGAAGCAGGAGUCUUAGACAAACUGAAAAACAAAUGGUGGUACGAUAAAGGGGAGUGUGGACCCAAGGACUCUGGAAGUAAGGACAAGUCCUCCCAGGCCCUCAGCCUGAGCAACGUGGCGGGGGUCUUCUACAUCCUCGUCGGGGGCCUGGGCCUGGCCAUGCUGGUGGCCCUCAUCGAAUUCUGCUACAAGUCACGCAACGAGGCCAAAAGAAUGAAGCUAACAUUUACAGAAGCUAUGAGGAACAAGGCCCGUCUGUCCAUCACCGGCAGCGUUGGGGAGAACGGACGGGUGCUGACGCCCGACUGUCCCAAGGCGGUCCACGCCGGGCCUCCCAUCCGCCAGAGCUCCGGCCUCGCCCUGGUCUCCUCUGAGCUCCCGUGAAAACCAAAAACCUCUCAAGUGCCUUAU